UUGAGGGGGCGAGGUUUGGGCGGCUCAGAACUUGAUAAUCCUAGAAUCUCAGUCAGAAUGGCACAAAAAUUAACCCAAGAAGAACUGAAAGAGGCGCAGGCAUGUUUUUCACUGUUUGACAUGGACAACGAUGGUAAGAUCUCAACCAAAGACCUGGGAACAGUGGUACGCUCACUGGGGUGUAAUCCAUCGGAGGCAGAAGUCAGACAACUUAUCAGGGAAGUCGAUAUAGAUGGAAAAGGACAAGUGGAAUUUGAAGAAUUUCUUGCAAUGUUUGAGCGACAUCGACACGAAAGGAACACAGAAGAGGAAAUCAUUGACGCCUUUACUGUGUUUGACAAAGAAGGCAAUGGAUACAUUAGCGCCGCGGAGCUACGUCACGUGAUGACGAAUCUUGGCGAGAAGCUACGAGAUGAAGAAAUAGAUGAAAUGGUUCGAGCCGCCGAUAUGAAUGGGGAUGGUCAAAUCAAUUAUAAAGAGUUUGCACACGUGCUCUUAGCGAAAUGAAGAAAAAAGACUGGAUCGCUUGAACAAUUCACUAUACUUGUUCAUAAAUUAUUCCAACUUGAAUUCUUAAUUCAAGGUUAAAUCUUAUACAAAUACAUCGUUUGUAAAAUGUGAUGUUAAAGCACAUGACUGGAUUCAAAAAUG